AUGAAGUCCUCUGAUUGUUGUAAGCAACAUGAAAGAAUUCACACUGGAGAGAAACCCUAUGUAUGUAAGCAAUGUGGGAAAGCUUUUAAAACACAGGGAGCUUGUAAGAAUCAUGAAAGAAUUCACACUGGAGAGAAACCCUAUGUAUGUAAGGAAUGUGGGAAAGCUUUUACCAUACCUGGAUGUUGUAAGAAACAUGAAAGAAUUCACACUGGAGAGAAACCUUAUGUAUGUAAGCAAUGUGGGAAAGCUUUUAAAACACAGGGAGAUUGUAAGAAACAUGAAAGAAUUCACACUGGAGAGAAACCAUAUGUAUGUAAGCAAUGUGGGAAAGCUUUUAACACAUGGGGAUACUGUAAGAAACAUGAAAGAAUUCACACUGGAGAGAAACCAUAUGUAUGUAAGCAAUGUGGCAAAGCUUUUAACACACAUGCAAGUUAUAAGGUUCAUGAAAGAAUUCACACUGGAGAGAAACCCUAUGUAUGUAAGGAAUGUGGGAAAGCUUUUACCAGACCUGGAUGUUGUAAGGAACAUGAAAGAAUUCACACUGGAGAGAAACCCUAUGUAUGUAAGGAAUGUGGGAAACCUUUUACCAGACCUGAUUGUUGUAAGCAACAUGAAAGAAUUCACACUGGAGAGAAACCCUAUGUAUGUAAGCAAUGUGGGAAAGCUUUUAACACAAGUGCACAUUGUAAGGUUCAUGAAAGAAUUCACACUGGAGAGAAACCAUAUGUGUGUAUGCAAUGUGGGAAAGCUUUUAAAACACAGGGAGAUUGUAAGAAACAUGAAAGUUCACAUUCAAUAUAAAACCAGUGUAUAUAGGCAUCAUAAGAAUGGUUUCAGCACAUGUACAUAUUGCAUAAUGCAUGAAAGUCUUCACACUGGGCAGAAAACUUACAUAUGUAAGGAAUGUGGAAAAGGUUUCAGAAGAAAUGCUCAUUGUACAAUACAUUAUAAAAUUUACAUGGUUGAGAAACCCUGUGUGUAUGUGAAGAAUGUGGGAAAGCUUUCACCACACAUGGAUUUUGUAAAAUACAUCUAUGACUUCACACUGGUGAGAAAGCCUAUGUAUAUAACAAUGUGGCAAAGCUUUUACUGCAUAUAGUCAUUGCAAAACACGUGAAAGAAUUCACACUGGGAAGAACCACUGGCUAUGUAAGCAAGUGGAGACACUUUCACCAGCCAGAUUGUAAGUGAAAUACAUGAAAAAACUCACACGAGAUACAUCCUAUGUGUUAUGGGAAUACUCUCAGCAUGCUUGAUCAUUGUUACAUAUCUGAAAUAGUUCACUAGGCAGAGAUGAUAUGUGGAUUAACUAUGUGAGAAAUAUAGCCAUCUUUCUUGUUAAAUACAUAGAAAAAGCAUCACUGUUCAGACAGUUUAGAUCUAAGUUUACUUUAAAAACCCCAAGGAGACCUGAAGAAAUAAUCAAUACAGAAAUUAGAUGUCAAUAUUUCUUCACAAAUAUUCCAGAAAUGACAAAUCUGAGGUGGGGCUCUCCUUAGGUGCACAUGUUGCAUUUGGUUUUCAGUUAAACACUUGUACCUCUCUAGAUUUUUUAAUCUAGUUGUUUUUGUGCUUCAACAUGGCAUCUUGUAACUAAACAUCCUAAACUGAAAUGGGCUUUUCACUUUCAAGUAUGGAUAGUGCCUCCAUACUUAAUAUUUUGUCUUUAAAACUUAAAUUUUGUAUUUUUAUGGUGAAUUUUAAUGUUGUUUAUUUAAAGAGGAAAAAAGUGUAGAAAUAAUAAAGAAUUUCAGAAAAAUAAACAAUAAGAAAUCACUAGUUGAUUAGUAUCAUAUUGUCAUCUUAGAAGUAGUUGUUCAAGUUACAAAUUUAAAGCAUACAAACUGAUAUUCAAAUAAUGACACUGUCAUGGUUCACCUCAAUGAUCCACCAAAAAGUUAUUACUAUGCCUAUCUGUCCUACACACUUUUUUUUUUCUUAAAGAGGGUAAGAUUAAACAUAGCGAAACAGAGCAAAACAGUUCAUAAGAAAACAAGUUAAGGAAACACAGAUUUCAAAGCAAGCCCACUGGAAAUGUUCACUGUCUAUCUUACUGUCUCUAGUUUUCUUCCAAAUAGUUGUUCCCAUCCUCACACACAUUGAAUAUAUACUGAAGAUUAUAGAACUAAUCAAGCUUGCUUUUUCGAUCUUCAACACUGAUUUUGGCGAAGUCGAUAAUGACUACCAUAAUGUCUCUCAUUGUCUUUGUAGUAGCUGCCUUUAUCUUUAUAUAUGCUGAAAGGGAACAUAAGAGACUAGACUAAUAUCACUCUGAACAGUGAAUAAUAAUAUCCUGAGAAGGAGAAAGGUGAGGAAUUGCCUAAAAAAAGAAGGCAGAGGACAUACUUAAAAGUGUAUCAGGAUUUAAAAGCUAAAGUCUUGUUGCUCUGUUUAGUUUGGUUAUAUUUUGUUCUGGUCUGUCUACUCAUAUUAGAUUUGAGGGCACAGAGAGAUAACCCAAAAAUAGCAGUUUAUACUAUGGUAAUUAUCCUUAAUUUCCUAUUAACUAAAACUGAAUCCCUAUAUUACUUAUAUUGUCUUCUAUGACUGAUGUUCUUUGAAGCUGGAUUGUUUCAAUGUUAUUUGGCCUUGACUGAUUUUAUUCACAUUUGGUAUGCUUGCUGGUAUCAAGUUCAA